AUGUACGCCAAAUCCGUCCUCAUCGCCGCCCUUGCCGGCUUCGCUUCCGCCAGCCCCAUCGAAGUCGAGAGCCGCCAGCUCUUUGGUGGUGGAAUCGGCGGCACAGGAUCCAGCUCUAGCGAGUUCAGCCGCGGCGGCUGCAAAGACGUCCUCUUCGCCUUUGCCCGUGGCUCCACCGAGAUCGGCAACAUGGGAACCGUCGUCGGACCGCCCACCUCGAACGGCCUCAAGAAAGAAUUCGGAGCCGACGCCGUCGCGACCGAGGGAAUCCCCUACGCCGCCUCCAUCGGCACUAACGUCCUCCCCGGCGGCACCGACACACGCUCCAAGAACAUGAUGGCCGACACCCUCAACAGCAUGGCGCAGAAAUGCCCCGACUCCGUCAUCGUCGCUUCAGGCUACUCCCAAGGCGCAGCCGUCUGCCACCGCGCCAUCGAAGGCCUCGACCCCGCCGUCAUGCAGCAAAUCGCCGGUGUCGUCACUUACGGCGACACCCAGAAGCUGCAGGACAGGGACCAGAUCCCUAACUUCCCCAAGGAGAAGGUCAAGAUCAUUUGCCAGCCUGGCGAUGCUGUUUGCCUCGGUACGCUGAGCGUGCUGCCUGCGCACUUGACAUAUGGUGUCCGCGCGGAUGAGGGCGUGGCUUUCCUUGUGCAGCAGAUUAAGGGUGUGCAGGCGAAGAUCAAGGCGAGGAAUGCGAAGAGGGAGGCGGAGCAGAUGGCUGGAGACGCUGAGUUGCAGGCGCAGGCUGCAAAGAUGGACGCUGAGAUGCAGGAGGCGAUUAAGCAGGCUGCUCAGGAGAUUGAGGCUUAA